AUGAGUAAAUUAAUGAAAGGAGCCAUUGACAAUGAGAAGUAUAGACUUCGUCGUAUUCGUAUUGCUUUAACUUCCAAGAAUUUGAGAGCUAUAGAAAAAGUUUGCAGCGAUAUUAUGAAAGGAGCAAAGGAAAAAAACUUAAAUGUAUCUGGACCUGUAAGGUUGCCAGUCAAAACCUUAAGAAUAACAACAAGAAAAUCACCUUGUGGAGAAGGUACAAACACAUGGGAUAGAUUUGAACUAAGAAUUUAUAAAAGACUUAUUGAUUUAUAUUCACAAUGUGAGGUUGUUACACAAAUGACAUCCAUCAAUAUAGAUCCAGUAGUUGAAGUCGAAGUUAUUAUAACUGAUUCUUAA